GUCGUCCUCGGCGUACAUCGUCGCAGAUCCAAGCAGCAGCAACACAUCGUUCCAGAGACAUCUACCAUCGUCCCCGCUCGCAAACAGGUUCAACAACAACCGGGCAGGGUCGAGUACGCUGGGCCAGACACCCUUCAGGCCACCCGCGCAUAAACAUGCACACCACCUACACUCGAUCCCCCCUCGCGAGAAAUCGACGAGAACCCUGAUCCUAGACCACAUGCUCUGGGUGCACGCACGAACACGUACCGCACAAGCCCGUGCAGAACUUGGCAUGGCUGAUCGCACCGGAGGUGCGCACGCUCCAAACUACGUUAACCGCGAGAGACCGGAGAACUACGAGGAGGACGAAGAUAUAUUCAGCGAAGGAGAGGAUGUCGUCUCUAUGACCGCACGUGCAGGUGGGCCCGGACACACUCAUGAAGAGGACGAGGACGAGAGGCUUGACAUGCAGGACUUAGCUCUUGCUAGGAGUCUGCGCCAGCGCGCUGAAUCCGUCGAGAAGGUCAUCACCUCCAUGCUCAAUCAACCCCCGAAAGUGCCUCCACUUCACCCUGAGGAGCUCCUUGAGCCCCCAACCUCGCCACAGCUCCAUCCGCAAACCUCAUCGCGCCCAACUGAGCAUUCGCUCCCGAACGGUGUCCGUCUGCGCCUAGCGCUUGGCACUGUUAUCAACGAUGUCUUCGCCCGUCGAGCCCCUUCACCACCUUCACGGCAUAUCCCUAGUGCACACUCAUCGGGUCAUCUCCUACCGCCAUCGCUUCCUCCCGUCCUCGAGCCCCUGCUCGCCUCACUCUACAACAUCGGUGCCGAUCCAGACUCGCAGAACUCUCCCCCAUCGCUCCGCUGCCCUCGCCACCUGCUCAUGGGCUGCGAUAUCUGCGUCGAGGCCAAGGCGACGAACGUGCGCACCUCGACCGAGAAGAGGCGCAGCCAGUCGGGACGCGCGGGCUCUGCCUCGGGAAGCAGCCCAAGCGACACGCCUCUCACUGGUGGCAACAACGUCUUCGGUCUGGGCGGCGGUGUGACAGGCUGGCAAGACGGCAGUGGUAUCGGCUCGGGACUAACGCGGCCGGGCCCAAGUGGCAACGUCCUCCGACGCCCGCCGCAUCCCUCGACGCGGGGCGACGGCGACGGUCCGCCCCCGCCCAACACACGCCUCGCGGAACUCACCGAGCGCUUCCUCCGCCUGAGCGCCCUCGUCGCAAUCGAGCUUGGCCGCGAGGCGACCGAGGACCGUGCGUCCGUCGACGGCGGCGGCGAACGCCCGAACACGUCGUCGAGCGCGCAGUCGUCCGUGUCGCCGCUGCUCGCACCGCGGCUGCUGAACAAGCCGGCGUCGUCGGGCGCAUCGGGCGACCUGCACGCGAACGCACUGCGCCCGACGCGCGCGUGGUACUUCCUCCUCGCGGGCCUGCUCACCCGCUCUGCGCUCGAGGGGUACAUGACCGGCGGGUGGCGCGGGACCGAGUCGCUCGAGGUCCUGCUCUGCGUCGGGCUCGGGCUGCCUCCCAAAACCGGGGCGCUGUCGCCGCGCAAGGACAAGAACGCCUCGGGCAGAGCCGAGGACCCGUUCGCGCAUUUCGACCCCGACGACUUCCCGGACCUCGAGGACGCGGUCAAAAUCCUCUUCCCGUCCCUGCGAGAUAUUAAUCCCGCCAGGGGCGGCAUACCCCCGCGUCGCACCGAGGGCGCCGAACAGGAAUACGAGAUCGAGAUGCAGGAGCGGUUGACGAGAUUUUAUGACGUCCCACACUCGACACCCGACGUCGCCACGCACAUGGAAGAUCUGGCGUGGCAAUACCCCGCGGAGGCGGUAGAGCGCGCCGCAUGCAGAUUCUGCGAAGCCGUCUCCCGGUGGCGCGGCAAGCCCGAAUUAGAAACGUACCGGAAGGCGUCCUGGAUUGCCGCGAACAGGGAAGGUAGAUCCUCGAUGUCGAUAGAUUCUCUUGUCCACUCGAACCCUACAAGCCCGGCGCGCCCCGGCUCUUCUGUCCCGGACCCCUCCCUGUCGCACCUCCCGCCCCUGCCUCCGUACCAGCCCCCGAACCCACAGCUGUCGCACAAGCCUACCGUAGAAGACUACUUCUCCAUCCCGCCGUCGGUCCUCUUGCAGAGCCGGAAGCGGCGGCGCUCUGAGGCAGAGCGUCCCGAGGACGGACGGCCGCGAAUGUAUCAGAUGUUUACCUAAUAAGAGCCCUGCGUUGGCGAAAGCGUGUUGGCGGCCUGGAGUGAGACGAUGGUCUACGGUGAUGACUGCACACACGCGCGCGUGCGUGCAAGCGAACUGUGUAAUUGUUGUUUGGAUUGUGUUUCUUGGAAGUCCAUUUCUAUCUUUUCUUUUGUUCCUGCUGUACAGAUGAAGCACGGACAGUCAGUGUCAAUCCUCACAUUCGCGCAUAUAUUACUAUUGCAA